AUGGCCCCUCCAAAGGUCUUUUCUCUCGAGGGCAAGGGUCUGAAGCUAGACACCGCUGAGGACAUCGAAACCCACAUCAAACCUCUUCUCGAAUCUACCGAUUACACUGAAAUCCGCUUCGGUGGUAACACUCUCGGUGUCGGCGCCUCUGAGCGUCUUGCCAAGGCUCUCGCAACUCAGAAGAGCCUGGAAGUCGCCGAUCUCGCGGACAUUUUCACCUCUCGGCUUCUCUCCGAAAUCCCCCCGGCCCUGAAGUCACUGCUGGAUGCUCUCCUCGAAAUUGCUUCUGUCCACACGGUCAACUUGUCCGACAAUGCCUUCGGUCUCAACACGCAGGCACCCCUCGUCGAUUUUCUGUCACGUCACGUUCCCUUGCGCCAUCUCAUCCUGAACAACAACGGUCUCGGUCCUGCCGCCGGUACUCUGAUCGCCGACGCCCUGAGCCAGCUCGCUGAGCGCAAGGAGGAAGCUCGCAAGGAUGGCCAACAGGUCGCCAUGCUUGAGAGCAUUGUUUGCGGGCGAAACCGUCUGGAAAACGGCAGUAUGGAGGCAUGGGCACGUGCCUACGAGAAACACGCUGCUGGUAUGAAGUCUGUCAAGAUGACUCAGAACGGAAUUCGCCAGGAGGGUAUCUCACAUCUGUUGAAGAACGGUCUUCGUCACUGCGCCGCUCUGGAGGUUCUGGAUUUGCAGGACAACACAUUCACUGUGACAGGAUCUACCGCACUCGCCGGAGUCCUGGAGGGUUGGACUGCAUUGGUCGAGUUGGGCGUCGGGGACUGCCUGCUUUCUGCUCGGGGCGGUGUUAAGGUUGCGCAGGCCCUGGCCGCGAACAAGAACCAGAAGCUGCAAACUCUGCGUCUGCAGUUCAACGAGAUCAAGGCUGAAGGUGUGAAAGCCCUCACCCACGCCGCCAAGACUGCUCUCCCCAGUCUUCGCCGUGUGGAGCUGAACGGCAACAUCUUCUCCGAGGACGAUCCCAACAUUAGCGAUUUGCGUGAACUGCUGGAGGGCCGUCAGGAGGAACAUGGUACCGACGAUGACCCUGAGGAUACCUGGGGCUUGGAUGAGCUUGAUGAGCUUGAGGAGGAGGAUUCUGAAGACGAGGAUGAAGACGAGGAUGAAGUUGAAGAGGACGAGGAGGUUCAGGCCAAGGCCGAGAAGACUCUGGAGGAUGCUGAUCGUGCCGAACAGGAGAAAGUGUCCCAGAAGUCUGACAAGGAUGUCGAUGAUCUCGCUGACGUUCUCGGCAAGACCGGCUUGUAG